GCUAGGUAACAUAUAUCAGCUUCCUCUAUGUGAAGCUAACCGAGUAGUUAGCGUUGCUUGUUUUCGGAGAAUUUAGCAGAUUUUGUCACAUUUGGCGCGUGAAGUCUUAACGUUUGGCAUCAUGAUGACGAUAAAAGACGGGGAGUAUACGGCCACAAUCUAUAAACUGAUUAAGGACAGCCAGUAUGUUGAGGCCAUUCACAUUCUCAACAGCCAACUUCAAAAGCACACCAGGUCUCGAGCGGCACUCUCCCUGCUGGGGUUCUGCUACUACCACAUCCAGGACUUCAGCAGCGCGGCUGAGUGCUACGAGCAGCUGACGCAGCUGCACCCCGAGGUGGAAGAGUACCGGGUGUACUACGCUCAGAGUCUGUACAAGGCGGGUGCCUAUACCGAGGCCACCAAAGCCUCCUUCGCCCUGGAUACACCCAGCAGCCAAACCAAGAUGAUCAAACUGCAAGCCUCCAUCAAAUAUUUUGAGGAGAAUUACUCUGCUGCCAAGUCUCUGGUGGAGCAGCUUCCUCCGGAGGACACUGACUACGUGUACAACAUGGGCUGCCUACUCUACCAGGACGCCAAGUAUGAAGACGCCUGCAAGAAGUUCACGUCGGCCAUGCAAGUGCUGGGAUAUGUGCCUGCUCUGUCAUACAAUAUCGCGCUGUGCUACUACAGGCUCAGCAACUACGCCCAGGCCCUCAAAUACAUCGGCGAGAUCAUCGAGCGAGGCAUCCGGGAACAUCCAGAGCUGAGCGUUGGCCUGACGACGGAGGGGAUCGACGUGCGCAGCGUGGGCAACACACUGGUGCUGCAUCAAACUGCCCUGGUGGAAGCCUUCAAUCUCAAGGCUGCUAUCGAGUACCAGCUGAAAAACUUAAAAGGAGCUCAGGAGGCUUUGACAGAUAUGCCACCGAGAUCAGAGGAGGAAUUGGACACAGUGACUCUGCACAACCAGGCUCUCCUUAACAUGGACACUAAGCCCUCGCAGGGUUUCGAGAAGCUUGCCUUCCUGCUGCAGCAGCCGUCCUUCCCACCAGUCACCUUUGGUAACUUGCUGCUGCUCUACUGCAAACAUGAGUAUUUUGAUUUGGCAGCUGACGUCCUGGCAGAAAAUGCACACCUCACCUACAAAUUGCUUUCUCCAUAUGAGUACGAGUUUCUCGAUGCCUUGCUGACCUGCCAGACGGCGCCAGAAGAGGCAUUCAGGAAGUUUGAUGACAUGAUCGGGAAAAUGACAGAGAAGUUGCGGAAGCUAGCCAAGCAGCUGCAAGAGGCCAAGACGGUUCGAGAUGACGACGGGCAGAAGAAAGCCCUGCAGGAUUAUGACACCAUGCAGGAAAAAUACAUCGUAGUCCUGAUGGCCCAAGCUAAGAUCUACUGGAAUCGGGAAAACUUUGCGAUGGUGGAGAAGAUCUUCCACAAGUCCAUGGAGGUGUGCAAUGAGGACGACACGUGGAAGCUGAACGUGGCCCACGUGCUCUUCAUGCAGAAGAAGUACAAGGAGGCCAUCAGCUUGUACGAGCCCAUCGUCAAGAAGCACUACAACGACGUGGGACAGUGUAGCGUGCAGGAGUGCCCGUGCACGUACAAACCGCCGAUCUUGAAUGUGAGCGCUGUGGUCCUGGCCAACCUGUGCGUGUCCUUCAUCAUGACCGGCCAAAAUGAAGAGGCUGAGGAACUCAUGAGGAAGAUUGAGAAGGAGGAGGAGCAGAUCUCCUAUGACGACCCAGACAAAAAAGUCUUCCACCUGUGCAUCGUCAACCUGGUUAUCGGCACAUUGUACUGCGCCAACGGCAACUACGAUUUUGGCAUCUCUCGUGUCACCAAGAGCCUGGAACCUUACAACAAGAAGCUGGGAACGGACACGUGGUUUUACGCCAAGCGCUGUUUCCUGUCCCUACUGGAGAACAUGUCCAAGCACAUCAUCACACUGAAGGGGGUAGUGGUCCGGGAGUGCAUUCAGUUCUUGGAGAACUGUGAAGUUUGGGGCACAACACGUCGACAUUUUGGUCUACCGAGAAAGAAUGGUCUGGAAUGCUUAGCCGUGGUGACAUCAUGGUUGGUCAGUGACGUUUCUGCCGGGUUUGGCUGUGAAAUCUGGCACAUAUCCAGAUAUUGCGUGAAUAUAAAAAAUGUUCUUUAUUUUCAUUUUUUUUUUCAGUUAAUGUCCAAAAUAUAUGUAAUAAUAUUACUUCACAUUGGAGGGUUUAUUGUACUUGGAAAUUUUGGACAAAGUUCUCCUUUAAAAAUAAAAGUCAAGGAAAAAUCGUCGUAUGAUUUUCAGGGGCAAAAUAAGUGUUGGAUCUGCCACUGCGGUCCUUGAGUUUGACACCCUGGAUUUUAUUCACAUGACUUUGUGUGUGUUUGUCUCUUAGCAAGCUGGUCCACAAAAAAUGGUGUGCAUCCAGGAACUCUUUCGAUGACAAAGGCUUUGGCGGAGUUCUUAUUCUACUUAAGGGACUUCGACUGUUGUCUUUCUUGUGAAUUUAGAGUUCAAGCUUUAAAAAAAAAAAAGCAGGCAGGCAGGAAUAAAGUUUCCAUUCCGGAGCCUUGUGGAGUAGGGAAGAAUGAGGAGAUCACGAAAGGGGCCUCUUGGUUAUGUCCUGCUCCUUCAGGUAGAAGUUUAAAUAUCCUCCCAGGGCACCCACUGCCACAGCCGUCAUGUGACUGGAGCAGCCGUCUUAAAACAACAAACAUACAGUGCAUUAUGGGAUAGAAAAGAAGAACCAAAUUAAAUUGUAUAUGCAAAUAAUGAGUCAAGAAGAAAAAACUGGAACAAUUCAAAAACUAUGUCGAAAAACACGAGAAAUUGCCAUGAACUACAUCAAACCCCAAGUUAAGGACGAAUUUAAAACUAAAAUAAUUCCCAGCCUACAGCGUGCACCUGGUUAUAAGCCUCGGUACACAGAAAGAGUUUAACUAGGUACGCUAACGCUAGCGCCGCAUCACCACAUAAACCGCAGGUUGUAGGCGGGAAAUUAAGGUAGUUGUAAAACACUGCCAGACUAGUUCAAUAACAAGUGAAGAAGUACGUCAAAGAAUCUUCCAGCUGGGACUAGAAACAAGUUUACAAGGCAAGAACCAUGUUGAAAAACCAAUCAAGAACUUGACAAAGAACUACAUCAAGAAACAGCAAGAACCCCAUCAAAAUGAAAUCAAGAAGCACAUAAAAACAAUUUUAAUAAACUGUCAAGAACUACAUUAAAACAGUCACGCAGCAAUGAAUUACAGGUCAGGUAGUUGUGAACCAAGUCGAGAAGCACAUCUAAGAACAAAAGCCAAGAAUGGGUGGGUACAAGUCAACAUCCACAAAACUGUUGACGUGGUACUUGGCAUCUGGUUCUCAACAGUUUCUCAUCUGUUUAUUGACUGGGUUGACAAAUUUUGGAAUUUUUUUCUCAUUUACUUGAUUUUAACUUUCUUGACAUUUUUUUCUCAUUAUUUUUGACUGGUUGUUAAUUGUUUUUGCCAGUUUUUGAAGUGGUUCUUGACUUUGUCAGGACUGAUUCUUAUCUUGGAGUUCUUGACAGUUCUGUGCUUGUUUCUGGGAUGGUUCGUCACAGUUUAUUUGGGCCAGGGUGUCCAUGUUCUGUUCAUUGCUUAUGUAUGACACAAACGUUUUAAAAAUACCCAUAUGAUUCUUGACUGUUUUUUUUGUCUCUCCCAUUUACACUGAUCUGGUGCUAUUCUGCUACUUUCCUGUAGCAACACAUGGAAGACACCAAAGGGAUGCCAGACAGUCUACCAGCAAUUCCAGUUCAGUUGUUACCAUUGUUUUUGUUUCUAAAUAAAUGUGUAUUGUCUUUUCAAAGCAGCUUUGUGUCAUUUGAAUU